GUUGAUAGGCAGAGCGGCGCGGCUGGCCCAAUGGGAGCGGGGCGCUGCGGCCGGGCCCGGGCGCAGGCGGCGGCGGCGGCGGGGCGCGGAGCGGCCGGGGCCCAGCGCUCAUCAUGCCCUGCAAGCUGAAGAAGGAGAAGGAGUCCCCGAAGUCUACCAAAAGCAGCACAAAGGCCGGCAGCAGCGGUGGCGGGAAGGAUGGAGGGGCAGAGAAUUCCGAAGAGGAACAGCAGCAGCAGCAGCAGCAGCAGCCGCCAGCUUCAAAUAAGCGGCCCAGUAACAGCGCUCCCCCCCCAACCCAGCUGAAUAAGAUCAAGUACUCCGGGGGACCCCAGAUUGUGAAGAAGGAGCGCAGGCACAGCUCUUCCCGCUUCAAUCUGAGCAAAAACCGGGAACUCCAAAAGCUCCCAGCCCUUAAAGAUGCUCCUCCACAUGAACGAGAAGAGCUUUUCAUUCAGAAGCUGCGGCAGUGCUGCGUGCUUUUUGACUUCAUUUCUGACCCCCUCAGUGACCUGAAGUUCAAGGAGGUGAAGCGAGCAGGUCUCAACGAGAUGGUAGAAUACAUCACUCACAACCGUGAUGUUGUCACUGAGGCCAUCUAUCCUGAAGCUGUUAUCAUGUUUUCAGUGAACCUCUUCCGGACGCUCCCGCCAUCAUCCAAUCCCACAGGCGCGGAGUUUGACCCUGAGGAAGAUGAGCCUACACUAGAGGCUGCCUGGCCACACCUGCAGCUGGUGUAUGAGUUCUUCCUCCGGUUCCUGGAAUCACCUGAUUUUCAACCAAACGUAGCCAAGAAAUACAUCGACCAGAAGUUUGUACUGUCUCUGCUGGAUCUCUUUGACAGUGAAGACCCCAGAGAACGCGACUUCCUAAAGACUAUUCUGCACAGGAUCUAUGGGAAGUUCCUGGGUCUGCGAGCGUAUGUGAGGCGGCAGAUCAACAAUAUAUUUUACAGGUUCAUCUAUGAAACAGAGCACCACAAUGGGAUUGCAGAACUGCUGGAGAUCCUGGGAAGUAUAAUCAAUGGGUUUGCUUUGCCUCUGAAGGAAGAGCACAAGAUGUUCCUCAUCAGAGUCUUGUUACCCCUGCACAAGGUGAAGUCUCUCAGUGUUUACCACCCACAGUUGGCGUACUGUGUUGUACAGUUCUUGGAGAAAGACAGCAGCCUGACAGAGCCAGUGAUCGUGGGCUUGCUGAAGUUCUGGCCAAAAACUCACAGCCCCAAGGAGGUGAUGUUCCUGAAUGAGCUGGAGGAGAUCUUGGAUGUGAUUGAGCCAUCUGAGUUUGUGAAAGUCAUGGAGCCCUUGUUUAGGCAGUUGGCCAAGUGUGUCUCCAGCCCACACUUCCAGGUGGCAGAGCGAGCACUGUACUACUGGAACAACGAAUAUAUCAUGAGCCUAAUCAGCGAUAACGCAGCCAAAAUCCUCCCGAUCAUGUUUCCAGCACUCUACAAGAACUCCAAGAGUCACUGGAACAAGACAAUCCAUGGGCUGAUAUACAAUGCACUGAAGCUGUUCAUGGAGAUGAACCAAAAGCUUUUUGAUGAUUGCACGCAGCAAUACAAGGCAGAGAAGCAGAAGGGAAGGUUCAGGAUGAAGGAACGAGAAGAAAUGUGGCAGAAAAUAGAGGAGCUGGCACGGCUGAACCCCCAGUACCCCAUGUAUUACGCACCUCCACCAUUGCCUCCUGUCUGCUGUAUGGAAACGGAGACCCCGACUGCAGAGGACAUACAGCUACUGAAGAAAACAGUGGAGACAGAAGCUGUGCAGAUGCUGAAAGACAUUAAGAAGGAUAAAGUUUUGCUGCGCCGGAAAUCUGAGCUUCCUCAGGACGUCUACACUAUAAAAGCCCUGGAGGCCCACAAGAGAGCAGAAGAGUUCCUCACCUCAAGCCAGGAGGCAAUCUGACAGGCUCAGGAGCUGGCUCGGGAAGCUCUGCCCCAUCCCUUUCCCCCAGGGGUCACGGAAACACACUCAGUUCUCAUGUAUAACUAAGGAAUGAACAUGGUGAGCUGUGCCUGUCCUCCACUCCAUCUGCAUCCCUCCAGGGUAGAGCUGGGUUUACGUUAUAACUUGUAUCUUACCACUGUCAUGUCCUUCUGCUUUUCCUCCUUUCUUCUGCUUUUCCACCUUGGGUGUGUGUGCGUGAAGGGAGCCUGCCUGCCCUGCCAUCGUGUCAGCCCGGGUAGGAGCUGCUUCAUUCCCAGCUGCCACCUGAUCCUUACUCUGCCUGGGAGCCAGACCCCACUGCCCUGGCUCUGCAUUGGCCAGAGGUGACCGCGUGUGGCUCAGCGUGCUGCUGCGAUCCCCAAGUGCCAAGGCUCUGCCGUGCCUGCCCUGUGCUGCCUGUGCAGCCAAGCCCUGCCGUGCUCAGGGGUUGAGCUGAGCAUGGGGCAGAGUUUUGGGGAGGCUCUGCUGCCUCUCUGCCCUGCCUUGGGGUGCAGCUCUGCAGCUGGAGGGUCUUACAUACACCAGAGAUGUCUGCUUCCACCUUUCUUUUGCUUCAAGCCCCUUGUUCUGUUCCCCUGUCAGUGGAGUGGGGGUUCAGUGCUUUGCCACCCCCAGUAAAGCUGGGUGCAAGCACUACAUACUAUUGCAGCCCUCCCUUUAGAGCAUCCUUAGAAGCUCUCCUGUGGGAAAGUGAAUUCCUUCAGCUGUUUGUGUUGGUCCGUACUGACUUGUCUCCAUCACGGUGUCUUGGGUUAAUUGUGGGCCCAGAAUUAGCUUCCUGCUUUGUAGCAGAUGUCAGCCACUGACUUUGCUUUCUUCCUCUACCUGCUCAAUUAAAAUACUCCUGUAGCUCUCCCUUUAUUGCUAUAGCUCAUCCUUUGCUCUGCAGUGGCCAGGGUUUCUAGGAAGCUUGUGCUGCUAAAAUAAUUUCUGCAAACUAGUGGAAGCAAUGGAUACACAUCACGGGGCCAGGCUGAGUUUCUGAGUAUUCAGUUGUCUCCUCUCUGUGAUCAAUGGCUUGGUGCUACUGCUGAACUGCUUCCAUGGGUGCUCUGAGAGGAGUCCACCUUGCCCUGUCACUCUGGCACCUGCUGUGGCAAGAGGCCCUUGUUAGUUAUCGUACGGUGCAUCAGGGACUUCUUGUGCUAAUUUAGCCUUUAGAGCACACUUGGGUGCUACUGUUAUCCAGCUUUCUCCCUACCUUUUUUUGAUGCAGACUCAGUGCCAGGCCAAGGUGCCACCUCAAAGGGGCCAGCUUGUGAUAGCAAAGGGAGUCUUCCUCACUUCUUACCUGCUGCGCCUGCUUUCUUGACACAUCAGCUUAAGUGGGCUUGCAAUAGCUUAGGGGGUCAGUGCUGGUCUGAUGCUGCUCUGCAGCACUGUGGGAUGUUGCAGAAGGUCCUGGUGUUAUCUUCUGUCCUCACCAGUAAACCAUUCCCAGGUCAGAGGUUCGUCCCCUCUACUCUUACUGCUGGUGUGCAGCAUAUCUUUCCUCCGACCCAACCAAAGCUGGUUUUCCCCCGUGCAUCCUGCACCCCGUGCCCCCUUUGCCUCUCAGUUCCCCACAGUAAACAUGCCAUCACCUCUUGGGAGCAGCUGGCGAGCACAAGGACACGCGAGACCACCCUCUCAGCCACACAGGGCCCCACCACCUCCCCUCCGCUUCGCACAACAGGCCAGUUCAUCAGGAGACUUACCAAACACCUCAGGGAGGUUAUUACUUAUUUUGAACAUUAGUUCAAGCUCAUGGUCAGCUGCCAAUCAAUUACCUCAUGCCUGGCACAGCAUGUAGACGUGCUCUGGGUGAUGCUGGAUGGCACACAGGAGCGGCGGGCACCGCAGGGACAGGGGACUGCUCAGUGUCCCCUGCAACAGGGCUCGGGCUGGGCAGGUUUCCUCCCGGGGCAGUACAGGCUUUCCCGAUCUGUGUGCUUUGCCUUGCGUUACAAGCCACCACCUCCUUUUCCGUGGAGCCUGCGCACUGCUAGGCAGCAGCUGCUCUUCCCUGCCUGCAGAAGGAGCAGAGUUGCGGUGCACAGAGGCUGUCGCUGCCCUACCGAUGGUCCGUCUCUGCCGACAGCCCCUGACCUGUGGCCAGAGGAACGGGCCGUGGCAGGAUGGGUCCAUGUCCUGGCUACAUGCUGUACAGCUUCGAUGUUCUCAUAGCUUUGUGUGUCUUGUUCUGGGUCAGGGAACUUCUGCUUAUCACCAUUAGUUUCCUGCCUAUUCAUUCCAGUGUCCUGGACACCUAAGAAGGGGACCAUGUGAGAAAGGGGGGAACGUGUUCGCCCUCCCCACCACGUGUACUGCUCUGCGCAGACCUGUGUCUGCCACGCUGCGGCUGCCCCGUACUCAACCUUUGGGUUCUAGCAUUAGUGCUGCUCAUCUCUGCCUCUCCCCACGUCAGUCAAAUGGACAGAACUGGAGCUGCCUCUUCCACUUCACCUGGCGCCCUCCUCCCAAGGGAACAAGCAAAACUAACUACUGCAUCCACCCCCGGACACAAGUAUUAAGCUGCUUACAGUUCAUAUGUACAUAUGGUGUACUUUAUUUUCAGUAGAGCAUUACAUAGUAUGAAAGUGUUGGAUUUUGUACAGAUGUCCCUGUAUGUACAGAACUAAAUAAAACUGAUCUCUUGGAAAGACAA